AUGUCUCAGUUAAAACAAGGAUCAGUAUGUCGUUUUGCAUACGAGAUCACCCAUUUGGAAGUUGAGUUUGAGUCUGCACGCAACCACCCACUGGAGAUCUACUUUCUCGUCGAUGCAACCAGCACCAUGCAGCCUCUCAGGGAGCACAUCCUGCAAGUCAUUGACGAGCUAGUAAGCAACUUGAAGAAAAUAACUCUGAAAGUCAAAAUUGGUCUUGGACUGUUUGCUGAAAAAAGAAUCAUUCCAUUUGCGGAAUACUCAAAUAACACCGAAACAAGUUACAACUUCAAGAACCAAGUCAACUUGACGACGGAUUUUGAUCUUUUCAAAAAAAAAGUGAAGGAAUUUGAAAAAAUCAGAAAUAAUGAUGCCCCGGAAGACUGGCUUAGUGCUUUUGUUCAAAUCGUCACGUGCAAAGAAAUUAUUGGUUGGAGUGACCCAGCCAGGAAACUCGUCAUCCUCUUUACCGACGAAGCGUUUCACCAUGCCGGGGAUGGGAAGCUUGCUGGCAUAGUUGAAGUAAAUGAUUUGAGCUGUCACUUGGACGCCAAUGGUUACUACACACACGAUAAGAUACAAGAUUAUCCGUCGGUAAGCCAAGUAAAGUAUUUGGUUGAACUAAAAAAAAUACAUUUGUUCAUGUUCAUAAACGACUGGAAGGAUAGAAUUGUUAACAUAUAUAAAGAAUUGAAAGAAAUCCUUCCAUACUCGCUAUUCUUUCCAUUCAAAGAAAAUUUUAAUGAGAGUGAUCCAUUUAAAUUCAUAUCUGAUAAUUACAAGAGCAUACAAAAAAAGGUAGAGUUUGUGUCUAAUGAUGUACCGAGGGAUGAUUUACACUGGGUCAUCGAGAGUCAAUGUCCGAAUGAAGCAGAAUUCACCUCCAAGAGUUAUUGUCCAGAAGUCCAUCCAGAUGAUAAAGCCAAGUUUAAAUUUCAAAUUUCAACAUCUUCUUGCGACAAGAGAACAAUUUUGUUUGACCUUCCUGACCACAACGAGAAGAUUCAAGUCGACAUUGAAGGAAUCUGCCAAUGUUCCUGUGAGAGUUUUCGAAAAAGUUCCAUUUGUAACAUGCACGGAGACGCAGAGUGUGGCUCGUGUCAGUGUCAUGAAGGCUACUACGGAGACAAGUGCCAGUGCUUCACUGAACGAGUUGUUAAAGUUAAUUCAAAUUUUAGUUUCAAUAAAAAUGUUUGUCAACCUUUGUCAGCCCUGCAACUGGUCAGUGUAACGACCAUGAUUGUGAACAAAUACAGGGACGAAUGUGCAACGGUGGGCAGCAACAAUUUACCACGAACUCAUUCCAAUGACGAUCGACGUUGUAAAAUAAAUUUGGUUUAUUAUUCAGACAAAGGGACAUGCCAUUGUGGUAAGUGCCAGUGCCAGCCAGGCUUCAGUGGGUCAGCUUGCGACUGCCCUACCAGCAACAAGACAUGUUUGGCCUCCAACGGAGAUCUGUGCAACGGAGUGGGUGAGUGCAACUGCGGCGUGUGUCAAUGUGCAAAAGAUCGCCCGUUCAUAGGAGACACCUGUGAAGAAUGUCCGACAUGCAGUGACGACGUUUGCCAGGAACAUGAAUUUUGUGCCUCUUGCUUCUUCGAACCAGAUGAUCACAUCUGUCACUCCGAAUGCUCAACCAAUAUUCAUCCGGUGAAUCAACUUCCAGAAUGUGUAUCAGAGUUGAUGAUUAUUGGAUCGGUUGUCGGUGGAGUAGCAAUGAUCGGAGUCAUCAUGUUGGUCGUCUGGAAGGUCGUCGUCACCGUUCACGACAACAAGGAGUACAAAAAAUUCGAGAUGGAAAGGAAAAAUGCCAAAUGGGCCUUGAAUGUCAGCCCCUUAUAUCGAGAUGCAGUAUCUAGAUAUAGAAAUCCCAUAUACGGUUUGAAUAAGGACUAGUUCCAGUGCUAGUCCAUUCAUUUCUCUGCCGAUAACAAUCUGCUUCAGAAUUAGAAACACUUGAACAUAAUUUUCAGUUUUACUUCUCUCUUUGUAACAAUAAAAUUGUUUACAACAUUUUAUUUCAAUGCUUGAUAGGGGUCACUUAAUUAUAAAUUUAUAUCAACAUUCAAUCAACUUUCAACAAAAUAUUUUUAUGCGAUCAUGAACAAUCAAUUUUUAUUUUCUCAAAUAUUGAUUUCAAUUUUUUGGAUUUUAUUUUCAUCAUUUUCAAUUUUUUAUAUAUUUCUUAACGUCUCAACUCAACAUCACCUUUUGUUCCAAUGCUGAAUUCGUUGAAAUAAUUUCCAGCCUUUCAUAUCCCUCAAAAAUAUGAUAUCAUUUUUUAUUUUAAUUCAAUUCGCUUAUUUUUUUAAUUAAAAUUACUAAAGAUUCACCAUUUUUUUUUAAAUUAAUUUUUCUUUAUUGAAAACAAUAGAUUGGUGCAAAAAGUUUGAGAAAUAAAUAUUACUGUAUACGUGUUUU